UCUCUUACCAUUUUUUGUUUUCCUCUCCAUAUUCUCUGCUCCUUUCUUUGCACCACACCCCCCACCCCCACCCCUCCUCUGCCCUAUCUGGCUUUAAACUCCUUUUCCAAGUCUCAUCUGCUUGGUCCAUUCAAGAAGGCCGCAUGGAAACUCUUCUUUUUCUUUUUUUUUAUAACAGUGUUUACAUUUUUCUACGAGACUUUAGUUUUUAUCUUAUUUACGAAAAAAAAACCAAGGAUAAAAAUGCCUCGCUCAUUUCUGGUGAAGCAGCCAAAGGUUCACAAUUUCUCGUCUUCCAGCUACCACCAUCAGUACCACCAGCAGCAGCACUUGGAUGACUCUUACAGUCUGACACAUGCCAACACUGAAUCGCCCACCAACGUGGCAGUGCAUCUGACUGAGAAUGGCUACAUCCAUGAUUACAUCAUCCCUUCAGUGUUGCAGAACACAAAGGGCCCAAGUCAUGAGCAGAUUGGUCUCCCCUCAGGGUCCCUAUACUUCCCUGGAGGCAGCAGCGGAGAAGAGUUCUCUGACCAUGACAUGGAGAAUCCGGACAGCCCCGUCUCCAGUGCCACAGUUGAGUCAGACACCAGUGGCCCUGAGCUGGAGAUGUGCACUGUCAACGCCUUCCUUGUCUGUGACAACCCAUCCCACUGGAGACCCGGCAAGAGGUGUCCUCACAAGGGCGGCAGCCAUUCAGACAGUAGAAAGAGAAUGCUCUCAGCAGACUGCAGCCCUGUUAAAGAGAAAUCCAAAGGCCGCCACAAAUGCAGCGAGUGCGGCAAGUCUUAUGCCACAUCUUCCAAUCUGAGCAGACACAAGCAGACUCAUCGCAGCCUGGACAGCCAGCAGGCCAGGAGGUGUCCCACCUGCCACAAGGUGUAUGUGUCCAUGCCAGCACUGGCUAUGCACAUGCUGACCCAUGACCUGAAGCACGGGUGUACGGUGUGCAGCAAGGCCUUCAGCCGGCCCUGGCUCCUGCAGGGCCAUAUGAGGUCUCACACUGGAGAGAAGCCUUUCGCCUGUGCCCACUGUGGUAAAGCCUUUGCUGAUCGCUCCAACUUGCGUGCUCACAUGCAAACGCAUUCUGUCUUUAAGUACUACAACUGCAAGCGCUGCCACAAAAGCUUUGCUCUCAAGUCUUACCUGAACAAGCACUACGAGUCAGCCUGCUCCAAAGGGGAUCACGCAGAGGGUGAAUGUAGCUUUGAGGAUUGAAAGGGAAAUAGGCACCGUCUGUUUCUUAUUUUGACAUUUUUUUGGUAGUUCAUACGUCAAAGUCAGAGAAAAGCUUACAUCUUCUCUGGCUUGUCACAUGCACGUCUCCUUCCCUUGCCUUUUUGAUAAAAGCAAUAACCUCACUUCAGGUUCUUCAGGAAUUAUUAUGUAAAUAAACAGAUAAAAUAUUUUCUAUUCUUUUUUUUAUAAAUUGAAUUGCAAUAAUUUACAUUAUUUUCUGCUUAUACUGCUCUUAAUUUACCUCAAAGUGCUCUUGUUAGGUACAUAAUGAACAUGUGUAAUUUAUUAACUUAUUUAACUAUUUUUUUGCCACUCUGAAGAUUAUUUAUUUAUUAUUGGUUGAUAUAUUUUUGCAUUUGACAUGGAUUUGUUAGAAGCCAUGACUGGGAUUUGUUGAGAACAAAAGCCCGAAUAUUUUAUCACACACUAUAUUUCGCUGUAUGAUCAAUUUGAUGACAUACAUUUUUUUUGUUAUUGAAAUGCGCCUGAAAUAUCCUUUUAUAAAACUCAGUUAUUAAGAUCUUGAAUGAUUGUUCUUUUCAGCUAUGGACCUGGCAUUAUCUUUCUCAGAGAUUUUACUAUCAAGUUUAUUUCUGCACCAAGUCAAACAAGAAAUGGCACAAAUACUGAAAGUGACUAAUGGUGUGUCACACACACAGGUGUUAAAGCUGACUGCACCAUAUAAGGAAGUGUACCUCUGAUAACAAUAAGAUGUCAGCAUUACUUAACUGUCAUUCAAAUGAGAAAAUAAGGGUCAGAGGUCAUUAAGAGAUUGUUUCAGAGAGAUGUGGGUACUGCUGGUAAGACAGAUAACUCCCAAAUAAGCCAAGUAGCUAAGUAAUGUCAUUACUUAGCUGGAAUGCUUCUCAAUAUAGUGACAUACAAAGUACUGCAAGUAGAAAUCAUAUUACUGUCAUGCAUUGCAAAAUAUUUAUAGAUAGAUAAUAAUUUGUUGCAUCCUUCCUGUUCGGAUUUGUCCUAAAGUAAUUUUAGUCGUCACAGUUUCUUUCAGCAUAUAGCAGUUUAUCAUAAUCAUGUCAGUUUUAGAGAGUGAGGAGGUUUUGUUUGAGUCCAUGUUGUUGUCCUGGCUUCUCUCUCACUAAUGUGACACUUUUUACGACACACAGUGCAAAACUACAUUUCAGACAGUCGUUUGCACAGCAUGAAAAAUGACCAGGAGAGGGGGCCACCAUGUAACCAUGUAAACACUACACAGCUACAAACUCCAUGGUGUUGAAACACUUGGCUUUCUUCUAAGGAAUCAGUGUGGCAUUUAAAACUGACAUUUUCAGAAACAUGGAAAUCUACAGCAGGGUGUAUCAUCCGUGAUCACAGUCAAACCUUGCACAAGACUGCAGUGGGGCUGACUACAGGAUGUGCUGUAGGUCAUGUGUCAUGAGAACAGGGCUUCUGGUCCAGACCAGACAGGGCUACGCCCUUGGUGGCCCCCAACCACUGACUCUGGGGAAGUGCAAGUAUGUGUCUCAGUAAACCGCAGACUGGAGAUGCUAUUUUCAGACACAAUGGCCACGAUUAGAAACACAUAUUCAUGUCAUUAUGUAUAUAGGCAUGUGUACAUACAGAUACCACAUAUCCAUAUAUAGGAAAGAUGGGUCAACUUAGCGUGAUGGGGAAAUAAAAAAAACAAACAAAAAAAAAAACAA